UUAUAUUUGGUAUCAGAAAAGCCCUGCGCAGCAGCACCGGCAAUAACGGUACAUUAUGGCGCUGAUAAGCGUCGUAUUUUGCUACAAGCUGGCGACACGACACUUACCUACAGCCGGCUGCUUUAUGAAAUUCGAGCACUGUUCUCGCUAUGGUCUAAACCGAAACUGCUACUUUCGCUGGAGCCACCCCCGGCUUCUUCGUUUUUAUCGUCAACCUCUCCUUUAGUUGAACUUGCGAACAAGACUCUCUACGUUAUAACGUGA